AAAAAAUAUCCUUAAACUCGAGGGUAUGCCGACUCACCCACUCGCGACUAAUACAAGUUUCCUUUUGCCGUUUUGGUUUGGUCCAUCUUCCAAGAAAAUUCAAAUGAUUGAAGUGCUUCCUUCCGAAUCGGGACUGCGUAAGCGUAAGCAAACAAAAGCAUCUUUAACUAUGUCGCGACCUGAAGAAUUAUGUAGUUAACCUUGUUUAAUUGUUGGUAGAACAGCCGCACCAGCAAAAGCAAUCAUGGAGUGUUUAUCCUCAUUCUUCAUCCCUCUAUGCAUUCUCCUUUGUCUCUGUUUUCAUAGUGUGUCAUCUACAAUUAUAUCUGAGAGUGACCUUCAGCAAGCUAGCAUCCCACCAAGAGGUUGGAAUUCCUAUGAUUCCUUUUGCUGGACAAUUUCUGAAGAAGAAUUCUUACAGAAUGCUGAAAUAGUUUCUCAGCGCCUACAUGAUCAUGGAUAUGAGUAUGUUGUGGUGGAUUACCUCUGGUAUAGGAGGAAAGUCAAGGGUGCUUAUCAUGAUUCACUUGGAUUCGACGUGAUUGAUGAAUGGGGUAGGAUGAUUCCUGACCCAGGAAGGUGGCCUUCGUCCAAAGAUGGGAAAGGGUUCGGUGAAGUGGCUAGUAAAGUACAUAGCAUGGGUUUAAAGUUUGGGAUUCAUGUUAUGAGAGGGAUAAGCACACAAGCUGUCAAUGCAAACACCCCUAUCCUAGAUACAUCGACGGGAGGUGCUUAUCAUGAAUCUGGUCGAGUGUGGCAUGCAAAAGAUAUAGCAAUCCCAGAAAGGGCUUGUGCAUGGAUGCCUCAUGGAUUCAUGAGUGUAAAUACAACGUUGGGAGCUGGGAAAGCUUUCUUGAGGUCCCUUUAUGAGCAGUAUGCUGGAUGGAGUGUUGAUUUUGUGAAACAUGAUUGCGUAUUUGGCGAUGACUUGGAUUUAAAUGAAAUAACCUAUGUAUCAGAGGUUCUCAGGGAGCUUGAUCGCCCCAUUGUAUAUUCUUUGUCUCCUGGUACCAGUGUGACACCGGCCAUGGCCAAGGAUGUCAUUGGACUAGUCAACUUGUAUCGUAUAACAGGAGAUGACUGGGAUACAUGGGGAGAUGUCAAAGCUCAUUUUGAUGUAACAAGGGAUUUUUCAGCUGCUAAUAUGAUAGGAGCAAAGGGUUUAAUGGGGAACUCCUGGCCUGAUUUGGACAUGCUACCAUUUGGGUGGCUAACUGAUCCUGGCUCAAAUGAAGGUCCACACAGGUAUAGUAACCUCAAUCUAGAAGAGAAGAAAACACAGAUGACUCUGUGGUCUAUGGCGAAGUCUCCCCUUAUGUAUGGAGGGGAUGUACGGAAGAUUGAUCCUAAUACAUAUGAUCUUAUCACAAAUCCUACCCUUUUGGAAAUUAAUUCUUUUAGCUCGAAUAACAUGGAGUUUCCUUAUAUCACAAGCCUGAGGAGUGAAGAUCAGGAUCUUGGAGGGCAAAUGAGAAGAAGCAACAAAAAAAUGAAAACAUCAUAUACACAUUCAUUAGGCCUCACUAGCUGCAGUGAGUCAAAGGCAAGUGGUUGGACUAAUGAAAGUCUUGACCAAUAUCUUGAAAGAAUCUGUUGGAAAAGGAGUUCAGGAAACAAGCAUCUGGCCCCCUUUUGUGUGCACAAGAGAGAACUUCGCUUCACAUUAUAUGAAGACAGUAUGUACCAAGAGGAUCAUCGAGGGAAACAUCAUUUAGUUGCAACCAACAGAAUAAAAUUUUGCUUAGAUGCUUCACCAAAACGAAAGCUUACUUCUAAAGAGUUCAAGAGAGGUACAUUUUCUCCCUGCAGAUGGGAUUCAAAUCAGAUGUGGGAGUUGAACUCUAAUGGGACCUUGGUAAAUAGUUAUUCUGGCUUAUGUGCAACAGUGGAGUCUGUCAAAGAUACUAUAAAUUCUGGUGGUUUUCGCUCAUGGAUUGCAACGGGAAGAAAUGGAGAAAUCUAUGUUGCUUUCUUCAAUCUAAGUGAGAAUAAGACGGUGAUAUCUGCACAAACAGCAGACCUGGCUAAGGUUCUUCCUGGCAGAGACUUCAGUUCUUGUAAGAGCACUGAAGUGUGGAGUGGAAAGGACUUAGUAAUAACGCAGGGGACAUUAUCCAUUGAAGUGGAAAUUCAUGGAAGUGCACUAUUUGUUCUAAAUUGCAACUAGUCCAGGGGUGUAAAAGAAAAAUAGCAUGUCAUUGCUGAGCCUUAUUUAUUCUAUUCUAUCCCCUCUUGCCAUGUUUAAGAUAGGUAAAAUUUGAGUGCAUCUUGUAAGACAAAUGAUAGUUAAGCUAGUCAGCCUCUUUGUUUUUGAUUGAGAACAAUAGUCAAUAGGGCUAAUGGCUGCUAUAAAAAAACGCAUUCUAUUUUUAGAUAUAUCCAUCGUGGUUGAU